UACAUGUGCUCUUUUUCUUUAGAAAUGUUUCAUGGUUUUGUACAGCAAUAUUUGACAGGUAUUGAGCAGCAGCUAUUGUACAGGGUUUGUAACCCAGUGGUCAACAUCUAUCACAAAGAACAGAGAAGAACCAGCUUUAUGCAAGAACAAUCAAAAUUAUAAAAUGGAUGGUGCAAUACCGGUAGACCUAUACAUACCACCAGGUAGGGAGCCUGAAAUCCAGGGGAUGACAUAUAGUAUGACAGCACAAGCAAGAAAAUUACCACUGGAACCAGGAUUAUCUUUUUAUGGAAUAAAAGACGAAGAUAAAAACACUAUUAUUAAAAUUUCAGAAAAACUGAUCGAAUCACAUACUAAAUCAGUGAAUGAAAUUGUGUCACAUUGUUCUGAAAUAUCUGGUUAUGGAUUUCACAGCAAUAAAAUAUUAGACCAUUGUAAUCAAAUUGUUUCUGAAACUUUGAACUGUAGCUAUAUGGUGAUAAGUCUGUGUCAGUCGUUUACAAAAAUAGAUUUAACAUCAUCACAGUUGGCUUCAUUGAUGAACAGAGAAAAAUCUGACAAUUUUUCGACAGAAGAGGAUUUGUUGAUAUCCAAAGUAAAAGUAGAAAAGUGUAUUUCCUCUUCAGCUGACGAUGCACAGAAUUCUAUUGGCAUGACAACCGUACAAAGUGAUAAAUUAAGUGAUCCAUACAUGCGCUGUGUGUCUGUAAAAAAGAAUCCUUUAACAAUUUCAAGUUAUAACAGACAGACAUGUAACAUUGUUAAAGAAAAGACCGAACCGUUUGAUAAUAUGGCCGUAGAAGAUUCUUCAUCAUCGAAUGAUGAUCAAUCAAGUAUUGCUGGCAUGGCAGAACCAUCUUCACAAACUAAUUCUGGUUCGGAACUUACGUGUUCAGUUUGUUCAAAGACAUUUAAAACAGAAACGACAUUUAAAAAACACAAACAAUAUCAUAACAGGUACAACUUUGUAUGUGAAGUCUGCAACGGACGUUUUGCAGGUAAAUUAAAACUGAGAAAACAUGUGUUGAGUCAAACAGAUGAAGGACAUGUCAAAUUACGUAUGACGCAGAAUUCUUUUAGUCAAGUCGAGUCUUCAGAUUUUAUAAACCCAGGUUCUGUGGUGAAACUUGGCAUGAAUAAUGGUGAAAUGUUGUCAAGCUCUGCUGGAAUGGCAUUUAAUGUAUUGGAAGAAAAUGAAACAUUUGAACCAACUAAAGUAAAACUAGAAGACAAUUUAACUAAAAUAAAAGUAGAAAAAGACGAUUGUCCAUCGAGUGAUGAUGAAAUCAUUGAUGUGGUGUCAGAAGAACCUGAUAGAAGACAGAUCAGUUCUGAGGUAGAAAACCAUUCUGAAGACAAGACUGAAGAUCAUGAUGGAAGUGAUGAGGGAAGCCUUGCAUUAUCUGAUAAUGAUGGUUUAGAAUAUAAUGAUAAUGUAAAUAAUGAUCCAGAUUGGGAUGAGGUUAAACAGGUAGAUGAUGAAAAAGUUUGUACGAACACAAUUAAAAAAGACAAAUCAUAUAAAAGACACAAACUGUCGCAUCAAAUACAAAACAAUACCAAGGAUUUUGUAUGUGAGGUUUGUGACAAACGUUUUGACAUGAAACAUAAAUUGAAAACCCACAUCUUUUCCGAAACAGAUAAAGAACAUAUUAAACUUCAUGUGGGGAAGAAUCCAGUGAAAGUUAAAAGACAGUGUGAAAUAUGCGGGAAGCAGUACGGAGACAUGCGUUAUCUAGAACGACAUCUAAAAAUACACAGCGGAGUGAAAGAAUUCGCAUGUGAACUCUGUGAUUACAAGAGUUAUUCGAAUGAACACCUGAGGAAACACAUGAUCCGUCACACAGGGAUAAAAAAAUAUAUAUGUCAUCAUUGUGGAAAGGGAUUUCCCCGAAAGGGGGAUUUAAUCAAACAUUUUCGGUCUCAUACUGGUAUUAGGGCCUUUCAUUGUGAUCAGUGUCCAAAAAGUUUUGUUCUAAGUACUAAUUUAGCCCGUCAUAGGAAAGUUCAUAUUGAGGAGCUGCCGUACGCGUGUGAAAUUUGUGGAAAACGAUCUCGACAAGCGUAUAAUAUAACGGUUCAUAUGAGAACGCAUAACGGACAUAAACCAUUCGCCUGUGAAAUUUGUGGUAACAAGUUUGCACAUAAUGUUUCAUUGAGACAACAUAAAAAAUCUUGUCAUGGUGAAAUGGUCAACAAGGCUGGUGGAGACGUGUGAAAUUUGCGGAAAGCGUUCUCAAUAAGCGUAUAUCAACUGUUAAUAUGAGAACACAUAACAGACACAAACCAUUUUGUUGUGAUAUUUGUAGUAAAAAAUCUUGUCAUGGUGAAAUAGUCAGUAAGGCUGGUUGAGACAGUGUCAUGGUGAAAUAGUCAGCAAGGCUGGUUGAGACAGUGUCAUGGUGAAAUAGUCAGCAAGGCUGGUUGAGACAGUGUCAUGGUGAAAUAGUCAACAAGGCUGGUUAAGACAGUGUCAUGGUGAAAUAGUCAGCAAGGCUGGUUGAGACUAUGUGAAAUAAUUUGUAAAUAUCUUAACACUGCAACCGUUACUAUGACAACAGUUAAUUUUGAAUUGGGCCCUGUGCAAAUUUCGGCCCCGGGAGGAGUUGAGUAUCCUGCUAGUACUCUAUAAAUGUUAAUACUUAGUAUGUGUUUAUCAAAUUGAUUAAUAAUAGUAUAAAUUAUUCAAAUCAGUGUACUGGUGGCACCGUUUCGCCUCCUUUCUACAGAUGUGAGAUCUGGAGUGAAAAUAUGUUGGAAUUACUGUAGAAAGAAAGCGAAAUUAUCAAAAGGGGUAAAGCGUGGCGGGGCCAAAAAAAAAAGAAAAAAAACCCCAAAAACAUACAACCGAAAACCUGAAUAUGCAAUAGUUACUUUAUAAUCUACCCUCGCUUUAUGGCUGUUGAUGAAUGGCGCAUCCUGAAGAUCCCGUGUUCCCAUCUUCCGAUCAGGGUUCAAAGGUACGAACAGUGCUAAUAGUAUAUACACUAUGUUGUAUUAAAGAACUUUUUUGUUU